GCCCCCUCCUUGCUGGUCGGGUCGCGUGCUGUUGACGGUUUAACGGUCGCGGCGCGAGCGGCCGUCGGAAGCCAUGUCGCGGCUCAUCGUCAAGAACCUGCCGAGCGGGAUGAAAGAAGAGCGUUUUAAAGGUCUAUUUGCUGCCUUUGGAACAUUAACUGACUGCAUCCUGAAGUUCACAAAGGAUGGGAAGUUUCGAAAAUUUGGGUUUGUUGGCUUCAAAAGUGAAGAGGAAGCACAAGCUGCCUUUAAACACUUCAAUAAGAGUUACAUAGACACUACCAGAAUAAUUGUGGAAUUUUGCAAAUCAUUUGGAGAUCCAGAAUUGGCAAAACCAUGGAGUAAACAUUCCCAGAAAAAUACAACUGGACAACUGACAGAAACAUCAAAGCAGCAAAGAUCUGAAAUUGAGACAACAAAGGAUAAAAUGAAGUUAGUCACUAAGGACUUGAAAGAGCUGAAAGAAGAUGAAGGGUUUCAGGAAUUUUUGGCUGUAAACCAGAGUCGUUGCAAUGUACCAACCUGGGCUAAUGACACUUUACCAGCAAAGACAAAGAAAGAAAAGACAAAGAAAGUGGAUGAUUAUCUAAACUUUGAUUCAGACGACUCUGAAGAAUUGAGUGAAGAGGAAGAAGAGAGUGAGAAAGAAUCUGAAGAUAUCAGCAAAGCAGAAGACAAAGCAAAAAAGACACAAGAAAAUGUUGCCUUGAAAAAGGAGCUGUCUGAUAUGGACUACUUAAAGUCAAAAGUAAUUGCAGCUGAAAAUGAGAUGUCUGAAGACAGUGACAAAUCUGAGACCAGUGACAGUGCAGAAAAUAAGAAGAUUGCCAGUGGAAAAAAUGUACCAUUGACUCCUGAAAGGGACUCUGAGAGUGAAGAGAACAGAAAACAGGAGAACAGCAAGCAAGAGAAAUCCACUCCAACUCGGGGACAGAAUAAAAGCCUGGAGAAGAAACCCCCCCAAAAUGAACCCACGACUCCGUACACUGUUAAGCUUCGAGGAGCUCCAUUCAAUGUGAAAGAGAAACGAGUAAUGGAAUUCUUUGUUCCUGUGAAACCUGUAGCUAUCCGAAUUGUCAAAAACGCAAAUGGUAACACAACAGGUUAUGUGUUUGUAGAUUUUCAAUCCGAGGAAGAUCUCAAAGAGGCUUUGAAAAGAAAUAAAGACUACAUGGGUGGAAGAUACAUUGAACUUUUUAGAGAGAAUGGUGCUCAGAAACCUAAACUGGGUAGAAAAGAUAAAGAUCGACCAUGGCUGAAACGAGAAAUGAAAGCUGAUGAGGAAGAAGAGGAUAUUGCUGAUUCAGGAAGAUUAUUUGUACGAAACUUGCCUUACACUUGUACAGAAGAGGACUUGGAGAAAAUAUUUUCUAAAACUGGUCCAAUAGCGGAGAUUCACUUCCCCAUAGACAGUCUAACCAAGAGGCCAAAGGGCUUUGCCUUUGUCACCUAUAUGAUUCCAGAACAUGCUGUUAAAGCCUUGGCAGAAAUAGAUGGUGAAGUGUUUCAGGGCAGAAUGCUGCACAUUUUACCAUCUACUGUGAAAAGGGAAAAGAUUGAAAAUGAUAAAGAUACACCGGGUUCCUCCUCUUACAAGAGAAACAAAGAAGCUAAAGACAAGGCCAACAGCAACAGCUCACACAACUGGAACACACUAUUCAUGGGGACGAAUGCUGUAGCUGAUGUCAUAGCAGCAAAAUAUAACGCCACAAAGAGCGAAGUGCUAGAUCAUGAAGGAAAAGGCAGCCUUGCAGUUCGCAUGGCUCUGGGUGAAACACAGAUUGUGCAAGAGACUAGACUGUUCUUAAUUGAUAACGGAGUUAGCUUGGACUCCUUCAGUCAGGCUGCUGGGCAGAGAAGUAAAAGUGUGAUCCUUGUAAAGAAUAUCCCUGCGGGAACCAAAGUGCAGGAACUGGAGAAGCUCUUUGCCCAAUAUGGAGAUCUUGGGCGGGUUUUGCUUCCAGGAGCUGGCGUAACUGCUAUUGUGGAAUUCUUAGAACCUACAGAGGCCAAACGAGCAUUCACUAAGCUUGCUUAUUCCAAGUUUCAGCAUGUUCCACUGUAUCUAGAAUGGGCCCCUAUGAAUGUGUUCUCCACUUCACCACCAAUACAAAAAAAGAAGGAAGAAUCAAAAACAAACAAUGAAGGAGAGGAGCAAAGUGAUCAAACAUCAAAUAAAAAUGAGACCAAAGAUAUAAGUUCUGAUGAGGAAGAAGAAACCAUACCAGGAUGCACCAUAUUUAUCAAAAACCUAAACUUUUCAACAACUGAAGAAGCUCUGAGCAAGAUGUUUCAACAGUGUGGACCAUUGAAAAGCUGCAUUAUUUCAAAGAAGAAGGACAAGACGGGUUCUCUUUUAUCAAUGGGCUAUGGUUUUGUAGAAUAUAAGAAGCCAGAUUGUGCUGAGAAAGCAUUAAAGCGAUUGCAGCACUGCAUGGUGGAUGAUCAUCAGCUGGAGCUAAAGAUAUCAGACAGAGCAACAAGGCCUAUGGUCACCUCAGCUAGAAAACUUCAAAAAGCAAAGAAGCAAAAAGUGUCCAAAAUUCUGGUCCGAAAUAUUCCGUUCCAGGCCAAACCAAAAGAAGUCCGUGAGCUCUUCAGUACAUUUGGAGAGAUAAAGACUUUGCGACUGCCUAAGAAAAUGGGUGGAACUGGCACACACAGAGGCUUUGGAUUUGUUGAUUUUCUCACUCGACAAGAUGCAAAGAAAGCUUUCGAUGCUCUUUGCCACAGUACUCACUUGUACGGACGACGAUUGGUAUUGGAAUGGGCAGACACUGAAGAGACAGUGGAGGCAUUGCGCAGGAAGACAGCUGAACACUACCAUGAUUCUCCGAAAAAGAAGCAAGCAAAGAACCUGGAUGGAAUUAUGGAUGAUAUGGAGCAAGAGGACUGAGCACUAUGUCUCCAUUUGAUAGCACUGCCUCCUGCUGGCAUUCGGUUCCAUGGGCUUCAGCUGCGCUCCUGUACCUCUUCCAAGUGGACAAGUGUUGGCAAGCUUUCGAUCAGGGGGGUACCAAAGCUCAAUAUCCACAUGCAGUCUCCAGCAGUAAGCUAACCACACAGACCGGGACCGAAGUCCACACACACCAGGAUCGAAGCAUUUGGUUGCCUGACUUAAUUUCACACGAGAGAAUGGCAUCACGAACUGGUCAAUUGGGAAAGCGAUUUAUUUUUAUUUUAAAUUAAAAUUAUGCAUUUGUUCAAUAAGAUCAAUAUUGCUGUAAAAUGGGUACUUUUUAAUUUUAUUUUAAUUCUAGUUAAUCAUUUUAGCAACACAACCUGUGACCCAAACAGGCGGUAAUUUCUUGCACGUGGUUGAACUUUAGGACAAAAUGUAUAUGCUUAUUGUUUUGGGUGAUUGUGGUUGCAUCACAGACUGUGCUGUGUGAAGUGUUGGGUAAAGUUGAGAUUCUACUAUUUGCAUGAUUUAUUCAGCCCACAAGAUCUGGAAUUGCUUCCCUUCAAAUUCUUCACAAUUAUUACAGAUUUUAUUUCAAAAUAGUUUAGUUUUUUUUUAAUAAUUUUCACAGGAAAAAAAGUAACCUUUUAGUUUCUGAAUGAUUGAAGUAUAAAUAGACAUCAGGGCUUUGUUUGCAGCGCUGAGUUUAAGCUUUAAUGGCAGAUCUUAGGUUGCCUGCUCCGUAACUGAUCCACAGAAUCCGUCUAUCUAGUGAGGCUACGUUUUUAAAGUUUGUAAUUAUUAGAAACUCAAAGAGCUCGGUAAGAUUUGUUAAAAUAUACUUUUGUGACAAUUGACCUCAUUGCCUUUGAGUAAACAUUUGUCAGAUUUCUAUCCACUGACUCCUGGGAAGUUCAACUGUGUGCACGUUGAGUGGGUAAAAGGUAGGGGCAGGAAAUUGAUAUCCUCCAUUGUCGAAUUGUCUGCCAACAACUGUUGCCUGGGCUCAUGUAGUAAUAAUAAUCUUUGCACUUGAUAUAGUGCUUUAUCACGUGUUCGAGACGUCUCAAAGCGCUUCACACAAUGUACUGUAAAGUGAAUUGACUGUAUAUGUUGUGGGCAAAACUCAUUCAUAUAUGAGAAAUGAGCUCUUGAACGAGUUGUUGUGAGGGCUGCCACCAACAUACCCCCAACCACGAUUGGUACCUUCAGGAUAUGACCAAAACAUUCAAUAGAUUCAUCUCAAACAUGAAGGGAGAAGCUGCACAAAUCACUCUAAACUUCAUCAUAGGCAAGUGAUUUGAUGCACCUAACUCCUUACACAAAUUCCACAUUCAAAAUUUAACCAUGGAGUGUCUUAUCUAUUUAAGGAGUUUUCCAAAUAUUUGCAUUUAAAAGUAUGGAAUGUAGGUUUAAGUGAAGCCAGAAGGUUUUAUCGUUUGGAAUUUUAGCUUGCGCAGUUUCUAGAACUAAUUAUGUGUAAAUUUAUUUUGGUACAUUUGCAAUACAUUGAAAUACUGUAGUUGAAAGUACUGCAUUGUAAGAUGGACAUACUGCAUUGCUCAAACCUGUUUCUCUAUUAAAGUUAGACAUGUACUAUUAAAAUUAGCAUUAGACUGAUGAAAUGAGAAGAUGUCAGUUCUAUGGCAAUCUCCUCUGAUGAUGGGGGUUGAAAUUCUGUGAAUAUGAAUUCCCUAUGGAUCUUCCAAGGUAGAAGAUUUUAAUUUUCACCCUCGAGACAGACCGUCUGAUGGCACUUUUUUCAAAUGGUAAUUUCUCAGUUUGUAGCUAGAAAUCACCCAGGCUUGUCUGGUUGAUGCGUAUGAAGGGAAUUGAAGAGGAUGAUUUUCAAGGGCUUCGUUCUCACCUGUCAGUCCUUGCUGCAAGGAAGAAGGAGAAAAAAAUGAUUUGGGUUUGACGUUAGGGGUGAAAAAGCAAGGGUCAGGAUGGAAAGGAUGCAAUCAAGGCGCUUUGUGGAGGUGGCUUUGGGAACAUUGAACACUCUUGCUGAAAUGUUAAGAACACUUUAUUGCAUUUGAGUACUGAUUGAUCAUUCUUUUACUUGACGUACGUUCUGCCUAGGGACGACAAUGAGUGCAUGUGAUUCUCCCACUUGCAAUACGCAGCUCAUCUUAAAAUAAACACACAGAUAAAAGAAUAACCUGUUUGAAUUCCCUUAUGACUGGAUCGAGAUUAACCCACACUGAAUAAUAGUAUAGUGUUGGCUGUUGUGUAGAAAAGAAAAUGCCCUCGUUAAUGUGAUGUUUUUGUAACAUUUUCAUAAAAUAAAAAGAAAAUCGUCUUCAAAGGAA